AAACCAGUUCUCAGUCAACGAAGAACAGAAACAAUGGGUUCUCGCUACGAAUUGGAGCUGAAGCUCUCAUCGGCUCGCGGCCUCAAGAACGUGAACUGGCGCCACGGUGCCAACAGGCCAUACGUCGUCGUUUGGGUGGACCCCGCCAACAAGCUCUCUUCAAGAGUUGAUGAAAACGGCGACAUCGAUGCAAACUGGGAUGAAACCCUCGUUAUCCCUUUACCCCCCAAGCCCCUUGAAGAUCUAACGCUUUACAUCGAUGUGGUCCACGCAGGCUCUGAAGAGGACACCAAGCCGCUGAUCGGAUCGGCUCGGCUCAAGCUCGUCGAAGUUCUCGAUGAUGUCGGAAUCGGCGAGCGCGCCAGCCGCUCGCUAACGCUGAAGCGUCCCUCUGGAAGGCCACAUGGCAAGGUUGAAGUUAAGGUUACCAUCAGGGAGCCUAGCUAUCGUGCGCAGGGUGGGUAUCAUGCCCCUCCUUAUGGUGUCCCCCGGCAAACGGCGUCGUCGAGGGAUUAUUCCGCUGCGCCGCAGGGUUAUGGGUUUCCAUACGGCGGCCCGCCUCAGGGACAGGGACAGUAUUAUUCAGCUGCUCCGCCUGCGGGGUAUCCUUAUAAUGCGCCGCCUCAAACGGCGUCGUAUGGGCAAGGGUAUCCGCAGCAAACGGCGCCGUAUGGGCAAGGGUAUCCUCAGCAAACGGCGCCGUAUGGACAGGGGAGUGGUUAUGGGAGUGGCUAUGGGAAUGCCGCCCCGGUUGAGGAAAAGAAAAAGAGCAAGUUUGGGGGAAUGGGGACGGGAUUGGCUGUGGGCGCCGUUGCUGGGGUUCUAGGUGGAAUCGCACUUGUUGAAGGCGCUGAGUACGUUGAGGACAAGAUUGCUGAUGACGUGGCAGAGAGGGUUGAAGAUGAUCUUGGGUAUGAUGAAGGCGAUGAUUUCUAGAGUGAUGUGAUGAGAUAUUUUGGGAGUGAAAAAAAAAAAAGUAAUUUUUUUCAAGCUUUAUUUUUUCUUUCUUUUUUCAGUUUCGUUUGAGUUAUGAGUUAGCUUUUCAUUAAUGAUAUCAACUUAUGUUUAUUUUC